GAUUACGUUCCUACCGUCUUUGACAACUUCAGUGCCAAUGUGGUGGUGGAUGGCCAAACUGUCAACUUGGGACUCUGGGAUACAGCAGGUCAAGAAGACUAUAAUAGACUACGCCCUCUGAGCUACAGAGGUGCUGACGUCUUUCUUCUUGCGUUCUCUCUUAUCAGCAAAGCCAGUUAUGAGAACGUCUCGAAGAAGUGGAUACCAGAAUUGAGGCAUUACGCUGCGACUGUUCCGAUUGUCCUCGUCGGCACAAAGCUAGAUUUACGAGAUGAUUCACAAUUUUUCAAAGAGCACCCAGAUGCAACGCCGAUCAGCACAGCUCAGAUCAAGGCUCCGUGCUGUAACGAGGUGUUCGACUGCCGGCACUGCCAUAACGAUGCCAAGAGUCAUUCAGAGGACAAAAGUCGACAUGAGAUCGCUCGGCACAAUAUCGAGCGGGUAGUUUGCUCCUUGUGUUCGACUGAGCAAAAGGUGCAACAAGUAUGCGAAGCAUGCGGCGUGUGCAUGGGACGGUAUUUCUGCUUCAAGUGCAAGUUCUAUGAUGACGAGGUUGCAAAGAAGCAUUUCCACUGUGACGAGUGCGGCAUUUGCAGAGUUGGUGGCAAGGACAAGUUUUUCCAUUGCGACAAGUGCGGCUGCUGCUAUGCCACCUCAUUGAGAGAGGACCACCGCUGUGUGGAGAAAUCCAUGCAUCACAACUGCCCUGUGUGCUUCGAGUUUCUCUUUGAGUCGCUCCGAGAGACCUCGGUGCUGCGGGAGUGUGGGCAUACAAUCCACACAGAGUGCCUGGACGAGCUUCGGAAACACAACAGGUAUGCGUGCCCCAUCUGUUGCAAGACCAUGUUUGACAUGUCCCGAGUGUGGGCGCAGCUGGAUCAGGAGGUUGCUGCAACACCCAUGCCAGAAGCGUAUCAAAACCAGAUG